UUUCUUCCUCUGUUCUUCCUCUAUUUAACCUUCCUCAUCCUCCACUCUCUCUCCUCAUCUUGUUCAUAUCCUCUCUGUUGUUUUGGGUUUUCUUUGAAGAGAAAAUGGCAUCCAAACGACAAAGGGAUGAGGCCCAAAUGGAGGAGAUGAGCGAGGGGGAAGAGAUAAAACGGCAAAAAUCAUACAACCAAAUCCUAUCCCUUUUGGAGGAAGAGGAAGAGGAAGCUGUUGAGGAUUUGUCAUCGAUCAUCAGCUCACUCCAGCAAGAAAUAUCUUCUUCUUCUUCUUCUUCUUCUUCUUUUUUUUCUUCUUCUUCUUCUCCAUGUUCCACAAAAUGGCAUCCAAUUUCAAAACAGAACAACACCCAGAAGGCGGAGAUGGAGGAGGAGGCGGCAACCGCAGAGUGUGGAUCAGUAGAAGAUUAUGCUUCUUGUUGUUGUUGUUCUUCUUCGUCUGUGAACGAGGAAGAGGGUGGUGAAAGAGAGAGAGUGAUGAGACACCUUCUGGAAGCUUCGGAUGAUGAGCUUGGGAUCCCAAACAGUGAGUUCGUGGUGGGUGAAGGAGUGGAUGGAGUGGCGUUGUGUGAUGCGUUGUGGGAGUUGGAAGAUGAGGCUGCCAAUUACUACACCUUGUUUCACUCCCAGCUUUUUAUGUAGACCAAAUUAUAUGGUACAACUAAAUUCAAUGUUGUAAGAAUUCAAAAACUAAGCAAAAAAAACAAAAAAAAACACAGAGUAUUCAGCUCUUGGAACUCAUCAUCUCUGAUCUGAGAUCUGUCUCUGAUGGGCGUCUCGCUCUGGUUUUAAUCAUUUUAGAAUCAAAUCAACACUCCAACGCUA